AUGGCCGCAACAGUCGCUUCUAUCUCCCUCCCGAUCCCUCAGCCUCCAGUGUUGGUGGAUACCCCUGCCGAAGCACGCAAACGUCGCCGCGAAAUCCUAGCUUCGCAGCGGAACAGUUCCGCCACACCUGAUGUAUCCUCUUCUGCUGAUGUGGUCGUCACCGACGAUGGAGAAUCCGCCACCAAAAAGCAGAAGGUAUCAGCCCUUCCUGUUGUGGUUUCUCCAAGCACUCCAGCCAAGAAAGCCAUUGUUGCCAACUUGGCCAACAAUGGCAAGGCAAAGAAACCUCAAAUGAAGUACGAUCCUGACGUACCCAUGACCAAGGAGGAGGCUGCUGUCUGGAGGAGGGAGCAACGUCGCAAGCGAAACCGAGAGAGCGCUGCUGCUUCAAGACAACGUCAGAGGGACCGUAUCGUUGAACUUGAAGCAGAAGUAGAGGAAUGGAAGAUCAAAUUUGAGGAGGCCAUGAAUAGGAUCCAGCAGCUGGAGGAAAUUGGAACUUCUGGCAGCACCCUCGUUGUUCAGGAAGUUUCCCCCGAAGGUAAAAAUGACGACGCGUUAAUUGAUGAAGACACUUCCGAAGCCAUCGAUAUUCAUUCUCCUGAAGCUCUCGUCGAGGAAGUCUUCAAGGAAACCACCAUCCUUAUUUCCCCUUCCCACUCUCCUCGAAGCGUUUCUCCCAAUACCACGUCAUCUUUGGAUUUCUCCCAGGUUCAAGCUGUCAAGAUAGUGUCCAACGUUGGUGCCGCAAGCAAGGAAGUUGUCCCGGAAGAGCAAGUGGAGGAGUCACAGCCGUCUAAUAUGAUCUCUCGACCAGCAUAG